AUGUACUUACGUGAAAAGAAAGCAACAUACGUCGUAUAUAUAAUAAUCAUUUUUGUUAAUGUGAUUUAUGCAAAUGGUAGCCUAGAUGCUAACAGUAGAGAAAUACUCAGUUUGCAUGAAAAAUACAGACAGGAUUUGAUUGAUUGUAAAGUUGAUGGACAACCUCCAGCUAAAUAUAUGUCACCAUUGAAAUGGAAUUACAAUCUGGCUGCACAAGCACAAAAAUUGGCGAACAAAUGCAUCUUGCAACACGACAAACGUCAUUCGGAUGAAUUCUCUUGGGUUGGACAAAAUAUUGCUCUCCAUCCAACCAUUAAGUCAGGAGUAGAUGCUUGGUUCAAUGAGCACAAAUUGUACGACUACAAUCAAAACAACUGUAUGGCAUGUUUGCAUUACACACAAAUGGUUUGGGCCAAGACUACAGAUAUUGGAUGUGGAGUUGCGAGUUGUCCAAAGUACGGUCUAUCAAUCGUGUGUAAUUAUGGUCCAGGUGGUAAUUGGAAUAAUGAGAAACCAUAUGAAGUGAGAUCUCGUGAAUUCUGCCCAAGUGCUGAAAAUACGAACAAUGAGGUUUUUGUUCCAUCUACAAUUAGUCAGUUGGAUGAAUUUACCUUGUCAAAUGUGUUGAAUGAGCGAACGGUUUCACUGGAUACGGGUUCAAAUGCUGGAAAUCAUAUGAACAUUCAAAUGAUAAAUAAAACUUUACCUGAGCCAAAUUUAUCAAUGAAUGGUUCUAUUUGUUAUUAUAUUUCCCAUUGA